AUGCACACCCCUGCCUGCCUGCAUGCACACCCCUGCCUGCCUGCAUGCACACCCCUGCCUGCCUGCAUGCACACCCCUGCCUGCCUGCAUGCACACCCCUGCCUGCCUGCAUGCACACCCCUGCCUGCCUGCAUGCACACCCCUGCCUGCCUGCAUGCACACCCCUGCCUGCCUGCAUGCACACCCCUGCCUGCCUGCAUGCACACCCCUGCCUGCCUGCAUGCACACCCCUGCCUGCCUGCAUGCACACCCCUGCCUGCCUGCAUGCACACCCCUGCCUGCCUGCAUGCACACCCCUGCCUGCCUGCAUGCACACCCCUGCCUGCCUGCAUGCACACCCCUGCCUGCCUGCAUGCACACCCCUGCCUGCCUGCAUGCACACCCCUGCCUGCCUGCAUGCACACCCCUGCCUGCCUGCAUGCACACCCCUGCCUGCCUGCAUGCACACCCCUGCCUGCCUGCAUGCACACCCCUGCCUGCCUGCAUGCACACCCCUGCCUGCCUGCAUGCACACCCCUGCCUGCCUGGAUGCACACCCCUGCCUGCCUGCAUGCACACCCCUGCCUGCCUGCAUGCACACCCCUGCCUGCCUGCAUGCACACCCCUGCCUGCCUGCAUGCACACCCCACCCCUGCCUGCCUGCAUGCACACCCCUGCCUGCCUGCAUGCACACCCCUGCCUGCCUGCCUGCAUGCACACCCCUGCCUGCCUGCAUGCACACCCCUGCCUGCCUGCCUGCAUGCACACCCCUGCCUGCCUGCAUGCACACCCCUGCCUGCCUGCCUGCAUGCACACCCCUGCCUGCCUGCCUGCAUGCACACCCCUGCCUGCCUGCAUGCACACCCCUGCCUGCCUGCCUGCAUGCACACCCCUGCCUGCCUGCAUGCACACCCCUGCCUGCCUGCCUGCAUGCACACCCCUGCCUGCCUGCCUGCAUGCACACCCCUGCCUGCCUGCCUGCAUGCACACCCCUGCCUGCCUGCCUGCAUGCACACCCCUGCCUGCCUGCCUGCAUGCACACCCCUGCCUGCCUGCCUGCAUGCACACCCCUGCCUGCCUGCCUGCAUGCACACCCCUGCCUGCCUGCCUGCAUGCACACCCCUGCCUGCCUGCCUGCAUGCACACCCCUGCCUGCCUGCCUGCAUGCACACCCCUGCCUGCCUGCCUGCAUGCACACCCCUGCCUGCCUGCCUGCAUGCACACCCCUGCCUGCCUGCCUGCAUGCACACCCCUGCCUGCCUGCAUGCACACCCCUGCCUGCCUGCAUGCACACCCCUGCCUGCCUGCAUGCACACCCCUGCCUGCCUGCAUGCACACCCCUGCCUGCCUGCACACCCUGCCUGCCUGCCUGCACCCCCCUGCCUGCCUGCCUGCAUGCACACCCCUGCCUGCCUGCCUGCCUGCAUGCACACCCCUGCCUACCUGCCUGCCUGCAUGCACACCCCUGCCUACCUGCCUGCCUGCAUGCACACCCCUGCCUACCUGCCUGCCUGCAUGCACACCCCUGCCUACCUGCCUGCCUGCAUGCACACCCCUGCCUACCUGCCUGCCUGCAUGCACACCCCUGCCUACCUGCCUGCCUGCAUGCACACCCCUGCCUACCUGCCUGCCUGCAUGCACACCCCUGCCUACCUGCCUGCCUGCAUGCACACCCCUGCCUACCUGCCUGCCUGCAUGCACACCCCUGCCUACCUGCCUGCCUGCAUGCACACCCCUGCCUACCUGCCUGCCUGCAUGCACACCCCUGCCUACCUGCCUGCCUGCAUGCACACCCCUGCCUACCUGCCUGCCUGCAUGCACACCCCUGCCUACCUGCCUGCCUGCAUGCACACCCCUGCCUACCUGCCUGCCUGCAUGCACACCCCUGCCUACCUGCCUGCCUGCAUGCACACCCCUGCCUACCUGCCUGCCUGCAUGCACACCCCUGCCUACCUGCCUGCCUGCAUGCACACCCCUGCCUACCUGCCUGCCUGCAUGCACACCCCUGCCUACCUGCCUGCCUGCAUGCACACCCCUGCCUACCUGCCUGCCUGCAUGCACACCCCUGCCUACCUGCCUGCCUGCAUGCACACCCCUGCCUACCUGCCUGCCUGCAUGCACACCCCUGCCUACCUGCCUGCCUGCAUGCACACCCCUGCCUACCUGCCUGCCUGCAUGCACACCCCUGCCUACCUGCCUGCCUGCAUGCACACCCCUGCCUACCUGCCUGCCUGCAUGCACACCCCUGCCUACCUGCCUGCCUGCAUGCACACCCCUGCCUACCUGCCUGCCUGCAUGCACACCCCUGCCUACCUGCCUGCCUGCAUGCACACCCCUGCCUACCUGCCUGCCUGCAUGCACACCCCUGCCUACCUGCCUGCCUGCAUGCACACCCCUGCCUACCUGCCUGCCUGCAUGCACACCCCUGCCUACCUGCCUGCCUGCAUGCACACCCCUGCCUACCUGCCUGCCUGCAUGCACACCCCUGCCUACCUGCCUGCCUGCAUGCACACCCCUGCCUACCUGCCUGCCUGCAUGCACACCCCUGCCUACCUGCCUGCCUGCAUGCACACCCCUGCCUACCUGCCUGCCUGCAUGCACACCCCUGCCUACCUGCCUGCCUGCAUGCACACCCCUGCCUACCUGCCUGCCUGCAUGCACACCCCUGCCUACCUGCCUGCCUGCAUGCACACCCCUGCCUACCUGCCUGCCUGCAUGCACACCCCUGCCUACCUGCCUGCCUGCAUGCACACCCCUGCCUACCUGCCUGCCUGCAUGCACACCCCUGCCUACCUGCCUGCCUGCAUGCACACCCCUGCCUACCUGCCUGCCUGCAUGCACACCCCUGCCUACCUGCCUGCCUGCAUGCACACCCCUGCCUACCUGCCUGCCUGCAUGCACACCCCUGCCUACCUGCCUGCCUGCAUGCACACCCCUGCCUACCUGCCUGCCUGCAUGCACACCCCUGCCUACCUGCCUGCCUGCAUGCACACCCCUGCCUACCUGCCUGCCUGCAUGCACACCCCUGCCUACCUGCCUGCCUGCAUGCACACCCCUGCCUACCUGCCUGCCUGCAUGCACACCCCUGCCUACCUGCCUGCCUGCAUGCACACCCCUGCCUACCUGCCUGCCUGCAUGCACACCCCUGCCUACCUGCCUGCCUGCAUGCACACCCCUGCCUACCUGCCUGCCUGCAUGCACACCCCUGCCUACCUGCCUGCCUGCAUGCACACCCCUGCCUACCUGCCUGCCUGCAUGCACACCCCUGCCUACCUGCCUGCCUGCAUGCACACCCCUGCCUACCUGCCUGCCUGCAUGCACACCCCUGCCUACCUGCCUGCCUGCAUGCACACCCCUGCCUACCUGCCUGCCUGCAUGCACACCCCUGCCUACCUGCCUGCCUGCAUGCACACCCCUGCCUACCUGCCUGCCUGCAUGCACACCCCUGCCUACCUGCCUGCCUGCAUGCACACCCCUGCCUACCUGCCUGCCUGCAUGCACACCCCUGCCUACCUGCCUGCCUGCAUGCACACCCCUGCCUACCUGCCUGCCUGCAUGCACACCCCUGCCUACCUGCCUGCCUGCAUGCACCCCUGCCUACCUGCCUGCCUGCAUGCACACCCCUGCCUACCUGCCUGCCUGCAUGCACACCCCUGCCUACCUGCCUGCCUGCAUGCACACCCCUGCCUACCUGCCUGCCUGCAUGCACACCCCUGCCUACCUGCCUGCCUGCAUGCACACCCCUGCCUACCUGCCUGCCUGCAUGCACACCCCUGCCUACCUGCCUGCCUGCAUGCACACCCCUGCCUACCUGCCUGCCUGCAUGCACACCCCUGCCUACCUGCCUGCCUGCAUGCACACCCCUGCCUACCUGCCUGCCUGCAUGCACACCCCUGCCUACCUGCCUGCCUGCAUGCACACCCCUGCCUACCUGCCUGCCUGCAUGCACACCCCUGCCUACCUGCCUGCCUGCAUGCACACCCCUGCCUACCUGCCUGCCUGCAUGCACACCCCUGCCUACCUGCCUGCCUGCAUGCACACCCCUGCCUACCUGCCUGCCUGCAUGCACACCCCUGCCUACCUGCCUGCCUGCAUGCACACCCCUGCCUACCUGCCUGCCUGCAUGCACACCCCUGCCUACCUGCCUGCCUGCAUGCACACCCCUGCCUACCUGCCUGCCUGCAUGCACACCCCUGCCUACCUGCCUGCCUGCAUGCACACCCCUGCCUACCUGCCUGCCUGCAUGCACACCCCUGCCUACCUGCCUGCCUGCAUGCACACCCCUGCCUACCUGCCUGCCUGCAUGCACACCCCUGCCUACCUGCCUGCCUGCAUGCACACCCCUGCCUACCUGCCUGCCUGCAUGCACACCCCUGCCUACCUGCCUGCCUGCAUGCACACCCCUGCCUACCUGCCUGCCUGCAUGCACACCCCUGCCUACCUGCCUGCCUGCAUGCACACCCCUGCCUACCUGCCUGCCUGCAUGCACACCCCUGCCUACCUGCCUGCCUGCAUGCACACCCCUGCCUACCUGCCUGCCUGCAUGCACACCCCUGCCUACCUGCCUGCCUGCAUGCACACCCCUGCCUACCUGCCUGCCUGCAUGCACACCCCUGCCUACCUGCCUGCCUGCAUGCACACCCCUGCCUACCUGCCUGCCUGCAUGCACACCCCUGCCUACCUGCCUGCCUGCAUGCACACCCUGCCUACCUGCCUGCCUGCAUGCACACCCCUGCCUACCUGCCUGCCUGCAUGCACACCCCUGCCUACCUGCCUGCCUGCAUGCACACCCUGCCUACCUGCCUGCCUGCAUGCACACCCCUGCCUACCUGCCUGCCUGCAUGCACACCCCUGCCUACCUGCCUGCCUGCAUGCACACCCCUGCCUACCUGCCUGCCUGCAUGCACACCCCUGCCUACCUGCCUGCCUGCAUGCACACCCCUGCCUACCUGCCUGCCUGCAUGCACACCCCUGCCUACCUGCCUGCCUGCAUGCACACCCCUGCCUACCUGCCUGCCUGCAUGCACACCCCUGCCUACCUGCCUGCCUGCAUGCACACCCCUGCCUACCUGCCUGCCUGCAUGCACACCCCUGCCUACCUGCCUGCCUGCAUGCACACCCCUGCCUACCUGCCUGCCUGCAUGCACACCCCUGCCUACCUGCCUGCCUGCAUGCACACCCCUGCCUACCUGCCUGCCUGCAUGCACACCCCUGCCUACCUGCCUGCUGCCUGCAUGCACACCCCUGCCUACCUGCCUGCCUGCAUGCACACCCCUGCCUACCUGCCUGCCUGCAUGCACACCCCUGCCUACCUGCCUGCCUGCAUGCACACCCCUGCCUACCUGCCUGCUGCAUGCACACCCCUGCCUACCUGCCUGCCUGCAUGCACACCCCUGCCUACCUGCCUGCCUGCAUGCACACCCCUGCCUACCUGCCUGCCUGCAUGCACACCCUGCCUACCUGCCUGCCUGCAUGCACACCCCUGCCUACCUGCCUGCCUGCAUGCACACCCCUGCCUACCUGCCUGCCUGCAUGCACACCCCUGCCUACCUGCCUGCCUGCAUGCACACCCCUGCCUACCUGCCUGCUGCAUGCAACCCUGCACCUGCCUGCAUGCACACCCCUGCCUACCUGCCUGCCUGCAUGCACACCCCUGCCUACCUGCCUGCCUGCAUGCACACCCCUGCCUACCUGCCUGCCUGCAUGCACACCCCCUGCCUACCUGCCUGCCUGCAUGCACACCCCUGCCUACCUGCCUGCCUGCAUGCACACCCCUGCCUACCUGCCUGCCUGCAUGCACACCCCUGCCUACCUGCCUGCCUGCAUGCACACCCCUGCCUACCUGCCUGCCUGCAUGCACACCCCUGCCUACCUGCCUGCCUGCAUGCACACCCCUGCCUACCUGCCUGCCUGCAUGCACACCCCUGCCUACCUGCCUGCCUGCAUGCACACCCCUGCCUACCUGCCUGCCUGCAUGCACACCCCUGCCUACCUGCCUGCCUGCAUGCACACCCCUGCCUACCUGCCUGCCUGCAUGCACACCCCUGCCUACCUGCCUGCCUGCAUGCACACCCCUGCCUACCUGCCUGCCUGCAUGCACACCCCUGCCUACCUGCCUGCCUGCAUGCACACCCCUGCCUACCUGCCUGCCUGCAUGCACACCCCUGCCUACCUGCCUGCCUGCAUGCACACCCCUGCCUACCUGCCUGCCUGCAUGCACACCCCUGCCUGCCUGCAUGCACACCCCUGCCUGCCUGCCUGCAUGCACACCCCUGCCUGCCUGCCUGCAUGCACACCCCUGCCUGCCUGCAUGCACACCCCUGCCUGCCUGCCUGCAUGCACACCCCUGCCUGCCUGCCUGCAUGCACACCCCUGCCUGCCUGCCUGCAUGCACACCCCUGCCUGCCUGCCUGCAUGCACACCCCUGCCUGCCUGCCUGCAUGCACACCCCUGCCUGCCUGCUGCAUGCACACCCCUGCCUGCCUGCCUGCAAUGCACACCCCUGCCUGCCUGCCUGCAUGCACACCCCUGCCUGCCUGCCUGCAUGCACACCCCUGCCUGCCUGCCUGCAUGCACACCCCUGCCUGCCUGCCUGCAUGCACACCCCUGCCUGCCUGCCUGCAUGCACACCCCUGCCUGCCUGCCUGCAUGCACACCCCUGCCUGCCUGCCUGCAUGCACACCCCUGCCUGCCUGCCUGCAUGCACACCCCUGCCUGCCUGCCUGCAUGCACACCCCUGCCUGCCUGCCUGCAUGCACACCCUGCCUGCCUGCCUGCAUGCACACCCCUGCCUGCCUGCCUGCAUGCACACCCCUGCCUGCCUGCCUGCAUGCACACCCCUGCCUGCCUGCCUGCAUGCACACCCCUGCCUGCCUGCCUGCAUGCACACCCCUGCCUGCCUGCCUGCAUGCACACCCCUGCCUGCCUGCCUGCAUGCACACCCCUGCCUGCCUGCCUGCAUGCACACCCCUGCCUGCCUGCCUGCAUGCACACCCCUGCCUGCCUGCCUGCAUGCACACCCCUGCCUGCCUGCCUGCAUGCACACCCCUGCCUGCCUGCCUGCAUGCACACCCCUGCCUGCCUGCCUGCAUGCACACCCCUGCCUGCCUGCCUGCAUGCACACCCCUGCCUGCCUGCCUGCAUGCACACCCCUGCCUGCCUGCCUGCAUGCACACCCCUGCCUGCCUGCCUGCAUGCACACCCCUGCCUGCCUGCCUGCAUGCACACCCUGCCUGCCUGCCUGCAUGCACACCCCUGCCUGCCUGCCUGCAUGCACACCCCUGCCUGCCUGCCUGCAUGCACACCCCUGCCUGCCUGCCUGCAUGCACACCCCUGCCUGCCUGCCUGCAUGCACACCCCUGCCUGCCUGCCUGCAUGCACACCCCUGCCUGCCUGCCUGCAUGCACACCCCUGCCUGCCUGCAUGCACACCCCUGCCUGCCUGCCUGCAUGCACACCCCUGCCUGCCUGCCUGCAUGCACACCCCUGCCUGCCUGCCUGCAUGCACACCCCUGCCUGCCUGCCUGCAUGCACACCCCUGCCUGCCUGCCUGCAUGCACACCCCUGCCUGCCUGCCUGCAUGCACACCCCUGCCUGCCUGCAUGCACACCCCUGCCUGCCUGCCUGCAUGCACACCCCUGCCUGCCUGCCUGCAUGCACACCCCUGCCUGCCUGCCUGCAUGCACACCCCUGCCUGCCUGCCUGCAUGCACACCCCUGCCUGCCUGCCUGCAUGCACACCCCUGCCUGCCUGCCUGCAUGCACACCCCUGCCUGCCUGCCUGCAUGCACACCCCUGCCUGCCUGCCUGCAUGCACACCCCUGCCUGCCUGCCUGCAUGCACACCCCUGCCUGCCUGCCUGCAUGCACACCCCUGCCUGCCUGCCUGCAUGCACACCCCUGCCUGCCUGCCUGCAUGCACACCCCUGCCUGCCUGCCUGCAUGCACACCCCUGCCUGCCUGCCUGCAUGCACACCCCUGCCUGCCUGCCUGCAUGCACACCCCUGCCUGCCUGCCUGCAUGCACACCCCUGCCUGCCUGCCUGCAUGCACACCCCUGCCUGCCUGCCUGCAUGCACACCCCUGCCUGCCUGCCUGCAUGCACACCCCUGCCUGCCUGCCUGCAUGCACACCCCUGCCUGCCUGCCUGCAUGCACACCCCUGCCUGCCUGCCUGCAUGCACACCCCUGCCUGCCUGCCUGCAUGCACACCCCUGCCUGCCUGCCUGCAUGCACACCCCUGCCUGCCUGCCUGCAUGCACACCCCUGCCUGCCUGCCUGCAUGCACACCCCUGCCUGCCUGCCUGCAUGCACACCCCUGCCUGCCUGCCUGCAUGCACACCCCUGCCUGCCUGCCUGCAUGCACACCCCUGCCUGCCUGCCUGCAUGCACACCCCUGCCUGCCUGCCUGCAUGCACACCCCUGCCUGCCUGCCUGCAUGCACACCCCUGCCUGCCUGCCUGCAUGCACACCCCUGCCUGCCUGCAUGCACACCCCUGCCUGCCUGCAUGCACACCCCUGCCUGCCUGCAUGCACACCCUGCCUGCAUGCACACCCCUGCCUGCCUGCAUGCACACCCCUGCCUGCCUGCAUGCACACCCCUGCCUGCCUGCAUGCACACCCCUGCCUGCCUGCAUGCACACCCCUGCCUGCCUGCAUGCACACCCCUGCCUGCCUGCAUGCACACCCCUGCCUGCCUGCAUGCACACCCCUGCCUGCCUGCAUGCACACCCCUGCCUGCCUGCAUGCACACCCCUGCCUGCCUGCAUGCACACCCCUGCCUGCCUGCAUGCACACCCCUGCCUGCCUGCAUGCACACCCCUGCCUGCCUGCAUGCACACCCCUGCCUGCCUGCAUGCACACCCCUGCCUGCCUGCAUGCACACCCCUGCCUGCCUGCAUGCACACCCCUGCCUGCCUGCAUGCACACCCCUGCCUGCCUGCAUGCACACCCCUGCCUGCCUGCAUGCACACCCCUGCCUGCCUGCAUGCACACCCCUGCCUGCCUGCAUGCACACCCCUGCCUGCCUGCAUGCACACCCCUGCCUGCCUGCAUGCACACCCCUGCCUGCCUGCAUGCACACCCCUGCCUGCCUGCAUGCACACCCCUGCCUGCCUGCAUGCACACCCCUGCCUGCCUGCAUGCACACCCCUGCCUGCCUGCAUGCACACCCCUGCCUGCCUGCAUGCACACCCCUGCCUGCCUGCAUGCACACCCCUGCCUGCCUGCAUGCACACCCCUGCCCUGCCUGCAUGCACACCCCUGCCUGCCUGCCUGCAUGCACACCCCUGCCUGCCUGCAUGCACACCCCUGCCUGCCUGCAUGCACACCCCUGCCUGCCUGCCUGCAUGCACACCCCUGCCUGCCUGCACACCCCUGCCUGCCUGCCUGCAUGCACACCCCUGCCUGCCUGCCUGCAUGCACACCCCUGCCUGCCUGCCUGCAUGCCACCCCUCCUGCCUGCCUGCAUGCACACCCCUGCCUGCCUGCAUGCACACCCCUGCCUGCCUGCAUGCACACCCCUGCCUGCCCUGCAUGCACACCCAUGCCUGCCUGCAUGCACACCCCCUGCCUGCCUGCAUGCACACCCCUGGCCUGCCUGCAUGCACACCCCUGCCUGCCUGCAUGCACACCCCUGCCUGCCUGCAUGCACACCCCUGCCUGCCUGCAUGCACACCCCUGCCUGCCUGCAUGCACACCCCUGCCUGCCUGCAUGCACACCCCUGCCUGCCUGCAUGCACACCCCUGCCUGCCUGCAUGCACACCCCUGCCUGCCUGCAUGCACACCCCUGCCUGCCUGCAUGCACACCCCUGCCUGCCUGCAUGCACACCCCUGCCUGCCUGCAUGCACACCCCUGCCUGCCUGCAUGCACACCCCUGCCUGCCUGCAUGCACACCCCUGCCUGCCUGCAUGCACACCCCUGCCUGCCUGCAUGCACACCCCUGCCUGCCUGCCUGCACACCCCUGCCUGCCUGCAUGCACACCCCUGCCUGCCUGCAUGCACACCCCUGCCUGCCUGCAUGCACACCCCUGCCUGCCUGCAAUGCACACCCCUGCCUGCCAUGCACCUGCCUGCAUGCACACCCCUCUGCCUGCCUGCAUGCACACCCCUCCUGCCUGCCUGCAUGCACACCCUGCUGCCUGCCUGCAUGCACACCCCUGCCUGCCUGCCUGCAUGCACACCCCUGCCUGCCUGCAUGCACAACCCCUGCUGCCUGCCUGCAUGCACACCCCUGCCUGCCUGCCUGCAUGCACACCCCUGCCUCCUGCCUGCAUGCACACCCCUGCCUGCCUGCCUGCAUGCACACCCCUGCCUGCCUGCCUGCAUGCACACCCCUGCCUGCCUGCAUGCAUGCACACCCCUGCCCUGCCUGCCUGCAUGCACACACCCCUGCCUGCCUGGCAUGCACACCCCUGCCUGCUGCCUGCAGCACCCCCUGCCGCCUGCCUGCAUGCACACCCCUGCCUGCCUGCAUGCACACCCCUGCCUGCCUGCAUGCACACCCCCUGCCUGCCUCUGCAUGCACACCCCUGCCUGCCUGCAUGCACACCCCUGCCUGCCUGCAUGCACACCCCUGCCUGCCUGCAUGCAACACCCCUGCCUGCCUGCAUGCACACCCCUGCCUCAGCUACUGACCCGCGUUGCUCAUGA